GUGCGCUUCCCAGGCGUAACCGUAAUGUAGCCCCCGUAGCCCCCAGAAAAACACCCGAACCGGCGGACCAAGUCGCGCUUAUCCGCUGGCAGAGCACCCCAAUGUCUUGGCCCGGCCUUAUCCCUGGCUUUCACUUCCGCAACUCGGCUGCGACGACAGGCCGAACUCGUAGCGCCCGGCCCAUUAUCACCACCACCACCACCACUUCCGAGAAGCCCCCAUCCCCCGACUCGCGUUGGCGGUAGCCGCCAGCCGCUGCUGCGAUUGCAAAUCAGAAUCCGAAUCAGGAUGCUGCAGUCAGUGCUCCGGGGUAACUGACUGGCAAUGGAAUUCGACGGAGCGGCGACCGGAGCCACAGGAUAUAUAGAUAUAGCACUUAAAUACGCCUAGCCCGACAUGAUUGUGAUGAGCAUCUGGUGCAGCAGCCUCAGCCUGAGCAGCCGCAGCCUGGCCAUCGCCCUGGUGGUCUGUGUGACUCUGGUCUACUUCUCCUACAGCUUCAACGCCUGCCUGCUGGCCAGCAUCAGUCGCAGUUUGCAGCAGAGCAACUUACGCAACCUACUGGCCCUCACCUCCUCGCCCCGCAACCAAAGCAGUGACGCGGGAAACAACAACAGCAGCAGCAGCAGCAUUAGCAACAGUUCCUCCACCACCAGUGCUCCUGCGGUUCAGACGGUGACCAGCAGCCUGGAUGGGGCGCCCAAGUAUCAGCUGCUCCGGCAGCAGGGCCUCCGACCAUCGCGCCACCUGCCCGACACGCUCAUCAUUGGCGUGAAGAAGAGUGGGACGCGGGCACUGCUUGAGUUCAUUCGCCUGCAUCCGGACGUAAGGGCCGCCGGCUCCGAGGUGCACUUCUUCGACAGGCACUACCAGCGCGGUAUACGCUGGUACCGCCACCACAUGCCCUACACCAUCGAGGGCCAGAUCACCAUGGAGAAGACGCCCAGCUACUUCGUCACCAAGGAGGUGCCGCAGCGCGUCUACCACAUGAAUCCGGCCACAAAAUUGCUGAUUGUGGUGCGGGACCCGGUGACGCGGGCCAUCUCCGACUACACGCAGGCGGCGAGCAAGAAGGCGGACAUGAAGCGCUUCGAGCAGCUGGCCUUCGUCAAUGGCAGCUACUCGGUGGUGGACACCAACUGGGGGCCGGUGAAGAUCGGCGUCUACGCCCGCUUCCUGGAGCGCUGGCUGCUCUACUUUCCGCUCUCGCAGCUGCUCUUCAUCAGCGGCGAGCGGCUGAUCAUGGACCCCGCCUACGAGAUCGGUCGCGUCCAGGACUUUCUCGGCCUGAAGCGUGUCGUCACCGAGAAGCACUUCUACUUCAAUGCCACCAAGGGCUUCCCCUGCCUCUUCAAGUCGGAGGCCCGCUCCACACCGCACUGUCUGGGCAAGACCAAGGGUCGCAACCAUCCGCACAUUGACCCGGGGGCCAUCGAGCGGCUGCGGGAGUUCUACCGGCCCUUUAACAACAAGUUCUACCAGCUGACGGGCAUCAAUUUCGCCUGGCCAUAGGAUCCCCAGGCUGGCAUACGUGAAAUUAAGUCGAGUUAAAUCAAGAAAUUAUGAGAUAUUGUUGUUGCUGGCCAGGCAACGGACUGAUAUUGUUGUUUGCAUUUUUGAUACAUAUAAUUGUACUUAUAUAUAGUAUAUACACAUGUAAAAUUAGUGCUCAAUUAAUUGUAGCUUUAUCAGGAGACAGAUUCAACGAAUUCACUCAAACAAUACGGUUCCUCACUCCAAUUCAAAUGAAAAUCAACUCACUUUUCCCCACUAUAUACCUAAAAAUCAAGACAGUGGGUGGCGAGUCCCUUUCGUCCCAGGACGAAAGUGGACUUCCUGCCCACCGUACACACUCAAUGCUAUCUACUACCACAUAUACCUAAGAUAAUUAUGUGCAUUUAUAUACAAAUAGUGAACAAAUAGAGCUUACUACGAAAUUCCUACAGUCUCCUAUAUAUAUAUAUAUAUAUACAAUAUAAUAUAAAUAGUUCCAAGAAUUUCAAUUGCAUGACUCAACCAAUACAAUUGCUUAGCUAAUUUCAAUUAAAGCACAACCUAAAUAAAUCGACUUUAA